UUUUGCUUUAGAGUAGGCUUAUCAUUAUUAUUAUUAUUAUUAUUAUUAUUAUUAUUAUUUGACUAUCAAUGGAGCAUCAGGGCAAACUAAUGAAACCCCGGUUCCAGGUCGAAGCCAGCAAGGAGGAUCGGAUAAGCCAGCUCCCCGAUCGCAUUCUAUCCAUCAUUUUAUCAAAAUUACCCAUGAAAGAUUUGGUUAAGACCAGUGCUCUAUCCAACAGAUGGAAGCACCUCUGGGCGCUGAGGACCAACCUAAAUUUUGAUGUUGACGGCAUCUUUGGAACCAAUCAUGAAAGGCCCGAUUGCAGUUCAAAACAUAGCAAACAUUAUAAGGAAUUUAAGCUUGAAUUCGCAAGGUGUGUCGAUGGAUUCUUGCAGAAUUUCCAAGGCACAAAAAUAAUUUCUUUCAAGCUGCAUUUCUUGAAACAUCUUGGAGACACUUCUAACAUUAAUCGAUGGAUUAGUUCUGUGAUUGGACUGGGAAUUGAAGAGCUUGAACUUUUCUUAUCAGGCAUGACAUUAUUUUCCUAUUAUCAUCAUGGUCUAUUAGGUGAUGAAUAUUAUAGAUUUCCCGAUUGGCUUCUUCCCCAUCCUAGUGAUUCAAGAUUAAAGCACUUGCAUCUACGAACUUGUGUUUUAAAACCUCCUGCUGAUUUUAUCGGAUUCAACAAACUAAUAACCUUACAACUGCACGACGUAUUUUUGGGAGAAGAAUUUCUUGCAUCCCUCUUCUCCAACUGUUUGCUUCUUCAAGGUCAAUGUUGAUACGCUGUAAACAUAUGUCCCUUUUAAAAGUUUUCAGUACUUCACUCCAAAAUCUAGUGUUGCUUGAUUGCUCCAACCCAUCACCAGUUAAGGUAAUAGCCGUAAAUCUCACGGAUUUUGAGUAUAGUGGAGACAUCAUGAAGAUCACUGUAUUUGUUGCUCCUUGUCUGGUAAAGAUCUACUUUAAUUUCAAUUCAAUUCAUGUGAUAGACAUGCCGAAUGCAUUAUCCCACUGUGCAACAUUUCCAACUUUACAGACUCUAAUCCUGCAUCUGGACCCUUGGAAGG